AUGGACGUGACGGUCUCGGAGCUCAUGGAGCUCUUCCUGCAGAGCCCGCUGGUGACCUGGGUGAAAACUUUUGGCCCAUUCGGAAGCGGCAACCAGGACAACCUGACCAUGUACAUGGAUUUAGCGGAUGGCAUCUUUCUGAACCAAAUCAUGUUGCAAAUAGAUCCCAGGCCAACAAAUCAACGAAUCAACAAGCACGUCAACAACGAUGUGAACCUUCGCAUUCAGAACUUGACCAUCUUGGUGAGAAACAUCAAGACCUACUACCAGGAAGUUCUCCAGCAGCUGAUCGUCAUGAAUUUGCCUAAUGUCUUGAUGAUUGGCAAAGACCCGCUGUCUGGGAAGAGCAUGGAGGAGAUUAAGAAGGUGCUGCUGCUGGUUCUCGGCUGUGCCGUCCAGUGUGAGAGGAAAGAGGAAUUUAUUGAAAGGAUCAAACAGCUGGACAUUGAGACCCAGGCGGGGAUCGUGGCUCAUAUACAGGAGGUAACCCAGAACCAGGAGAACGUGUUCGACCUGCAGUGGCUGGAGCUCCCGGACGUGGCCCCAGAGGAGCUGGAGGCCCUGUCUCGGAACAUGGUCUUUCACCUGCGGCGGCUCAUCGACGAGCGGGACGAGUGCACGGAGCUGAUCGUGGACCUCACCCAGGAGCGGGACUACCUCCAGGCGCAGCACCCCCCCAGCCCCCUCAAGUCCUCCAGCGCCGAGUCCACCCCCAGCCCCACCAGCAGCCUCUCCAGCGAGGACAAGCAGCACCUGGCCGUGGAGCUGGCGGACACCAAGGCCAGGCUGCGCCGCGUCAGGCAGGAGCUGGAGGAGAAGACAGAGCAGCUCGUGGACACCAGGCAUGAGGUGGAUCAGCUGGUGCUGGAGCUGCAGAAGGUUAAGCAGGAGAACAUCCAGCUGGCGGCGGACGCACGGUCCGCUCGCGCCUACCGGGACGAGCUGGACUCGCUGAGGGAGAAGGCGAACCGCGUGGAGAGGCUGGAGAUGGAGCUGACGCGCUGCCGGGAGAAGCUGCACGACGUGGACUUCUACAAGGCCCGCAUGGAGGAGCUGAGAGAAGAUAAUAUCAUUUUAAUUGAAACCAAGGCCAUGCUGGAGGAACAGCUGACGGCUGCUCGGGCCCGGGGUGAUAAAGUUCACGAGCUGGAGAAAGAGAACCUGCAGCUGAAAUCGAAGCUUCACGACCUGGAAUUGGACCGGGACACGGAUAAGAAGCGAAUAGAGGAGCUGCUGGAGGAGAACAUGGUCCUGGAGAUUGCUCAGAAGCAGAGCAUGAACGAGUCUGCCCACCUCGGCUGGGAGCUGGAGCAGCUGUCCAAGAACGCAGACCUGUCAGACGCCUCCAGGAAGUCGUUUGUGUUCGAGCUGAACGAGUGCGCCUCCAGCCGCAUCCUGAAGCUGGAGAAGGAGAACCAGAGCCUCCAGAGCACCAUCCAGGGGCUGCGGGACGCAUCCCUGGCGCUGGAGGAGAGCAGCCUCAAGUGCGGGGAGCUGCAGAAGGAGAACCAGCAGCUCAGCAAGAAGAUUGAGAAGUUACAGACCCAGCUGGAGAGAGAGAAGCAGAGUAACCAAGAUUUGGAGACCCUGAGUGAGGAGCUCAUCAAAGAGAAGGAGCAGUUGCAGAGCGACAUGGAGACCCUGAAGGCCGACAGAGCCCGGCAGAUCAAGGACCUUGAGCAAGAAAAGGACCAUCUCAACCAGGCGGUGUGGACGCUGCGGGAGAGGUCACAGGUCGGCAGCGAGGCCCGCGCCAAGGACGUGGAGCAGGAGAACAAAGCCCUGCACAGGACAGUGGCGGAGACCAGCGGCCGGCUGAGCAGGCUGGAGCUGGAGCAGCAGCAGCUGCAGCGGGCACUGGAGCAGGCGCAGGAGAAGGCGGGCCGGGCCGAGGCACUGGAGCGGGAGCUGGGGCGGCUGGAGGAGGAGAAGGGGCAGCUGGUGCAAAGGGCCAGCGCCCUGCAGGCGGCGGGCGAGCGGGCGGAGGCCGCGGAGCGUGAGAGCCACGGGCUGGCGCUGGAGAACCGGCAGUUGCGCAAGUCCCUGGACGCCCUGCAGAAUGUGUCGGUGCAGCUGGCCGGCCUGGAGCGGGACAACCGGCAGCUGGACGAGGAGAAUCUGGAGCUGCGCCGGAUGGUGGAGGCCAUGCGCUUCACGAGCGCCAAGGUGGCCCAGAUGGAGCGCGAGAACCAGGAGCUGGAGCGCGAGAAGCAGGAGCUGAGGAAGAGCGUGGAGCUGCUCAAGGCGAUGGGCAAGAAGUCGGAGCGCCUGGAGCUCAGCUACCAGAGCCUGAGCACUGAGAACCUGCGGCUGCAGCAGAGCCUGGACAGCGGCAGCCAGAAGGCGCAGGCCCUGGAGCGGGAGCUGGGGCAGCUGGAGGCCGAGAACCAGGGCCUGCGGCGGGACCUGGAGGCCCUCCGGCUGGCCCACCGGCAGCUCGAGCGGGCGGAGCAGGAGCGGAAGGCGCUGGAGCAGGAAGUGGCCCAGCUGGAGAAGGACAAGAAGCUGCUGGAGAAGGAGACCCGGCGGCUCUGGCAGCAGGUGGAGCUCAAGGACGCCGUCCUGGACGACAGCUCCGCCAAGCUGUCUGCCGCCGAGAGGGAGAGCCGCGCGCUGGACAAGGAGCUGGCCCGCUGCCGGGACGCGGCCGGCAAGCUCAAGGAGCUGGAGAAGGACAACCGGGACCUCACCAAGCAGGUCACCAUGCACACGAGGACGCUGACCACCCUGAGGGAGGACCUGGUGCAGGAGAAGCUGAAGAGCCAGCAGCUGAGCAGUGAGCUGGACAGACUGAGCCAGGAGCUGGAGAAGGUCGGCCUCCACAAAGAGCUGCUGCUGCAGGAUGACAACAGCAACGGUGACACGAAAUACAAGAUUUUGGAGAGCAUAAAUGAAUCAGCUUUAAAAACAACACUCGCCAUGAAAGAAGAAAAGAUUACUUUCUUAGAAGCGCAGGUAGAAGAGAAAGCCAGCCUGAAUCACCAGCUGCAGAACGAGAUCCAGGUGCUGAAGAAGGAGUGUGAGAUCCUCAAGCAGAGCCAGGAAGGGGGGACGCAGGCGCAGAACUCUUUCAAACACCCCAUGGGGAAGUCAGUUGAGGGUCACCCAGGGAAGGAGCCCUGGGCGCCUAUCCACAAGGAGGCCACGAUGGAGCUGCUGCGUGUGAAGGACCGGGCCAUCGAGCUGGAGCGCAACAAUGCGGCCCUGCAGGCUGAGAAGCAUCUGCUCAAGGAACAGCUGCAGCACUUGGAGACCCAGAACACGGCCUUCAGCAGCCAGAUCCUGACGUUGCAGAAGCAGAGCACCUUCCUACAGGAGCAUAACACCACACUGCAGACGCAGACGGCCAAGCUGCAGGUGGAGAACUCCACCCUGAGCUCGCAGAGCGCCUCGCUCAGCGCCCAGUACGCACUGCUGCAGAGCCAGCAGGCGGCCAAGGAGAGCGAGCACGAGAGCCUGCAGCGGCAGCAGGAGCAGCUGGCGGCCGCCUACCAGGCACUGCUGCAGGACCACGAGCGCCUGGGGGCGCUGCACGAGCGGCAGGCCGCCGAGUACGAGGCGCUCAUCCUCCAGCACAGCUGCCUGAAGACCCUGCACCGCAACCUGGAGCUGGAGCACAAGGAGCUGGGGGAGAGGCACAGCGACAUGCUGAAGCACAAGGCGGAGCUGGACGAGCUGGAGAAGGUUUUGAGGGCCGAGAGGGAGGCCCUGCAGCAGGAGCAGAGGACAAGCGCCAUGGCCGCGAGCGAGAACCAGAGGCUGCGGGAGGAGCUGGACAGGGUCAAUUUCCUGCACCAGCAGCUGAAGGGGGAAUACGAGGAACUGCACACCCACACCAAGGAGCUGAAGACCUCGCUCAACAGCUCACAGCUGGAGCUGAGCCGCUGGCAGGCCCGGUUCGACCAGCUGAAGGAGCAGCACCAGAACAUGGACAUCUCGCUGACCAAGCUGGACAACCACUGCGAGCUGCUGUCCCGACUCAAGGGGAACUUGGAAGAAGAAAACCAUCACCUCUUGAGCCAGAUCCAGCUGUUGAGCCAGCAGAACCAGAUGCUUCUAGAACAGAACCUGGAGAACAAGGAGCAGUACCAUGAAGAACAGAAGCAAUACAUAGACAAAUUAAAUGCCUUACGGAGACACAAGGAAAAACUGGAAGAAAAAAUCAUGGAUCAGUACAAAUUCUAUGAUCCUGCUCCAAAGAAGAAAAACCACUGGAUUGGAGCCAAAGCCUUAGUCAAGCUCAUCAAACCAAAGAAAGAGGGUUCCAGAGAACGCUUGAAGUCAACCACAGACAGCCCUCCCCAGCAGCUGGAAUCCCCAGACCCAACCUUGCCAUCUGCUUCUCAGCCACUCAGAUCUCAGCCCGAGAACCCCGAGUCCACCCCGUCGGGCUCAAGCUGCCCAGAAGAGCGUGAUGCCCACAAUGGGCCCUUGGGAAAAGGCCCUGGGGACCUAAAGCCAAAGCGAGGGUCCCCGCACCGAGGCAGCCUGGACCGCAAGGACGCCUCCACUGACCCCGCCGUGAAACCCUGGCCCGUGGAGCUGGGCCCCCGGCCCUGUUCGACCUCAGCCAUCACUACAACCCCUUCCAGCUCCAGCUCCAUCUCCCGGCACCCAGGCCGCACCAAAGGCUAUAAUUCCGAAGACAGCCUCUGCGAGCCGUCCUUGGAGCUCGAGUUCCUUCACCCCAGGCAGUACGCAUCCCGGCCGGAGAGCUUGGAGAGCAGUAGAAAUGCAUCCAGCAACAGCUCACCUCUUAACCUGAAAGGUUCCUCCGACCACCUCCACGGCAGAUCCGAGAGCUUCAGCAGCGAAGACCUGAUCCCCAGCAGGGACACGGCCACUCUGCCACGGGAUGCCAGCACCCCGGGGCGCCCCACCCUCGGCCGCCAUGAGUACCCCCCACCGCGGAACGGGCCUCUCCCCCAGGAGGGCAUCCAGAAGAGGAGCGCAGCCCAGCCCCACGGCGGGGUGCGGCCCUGCUCCACCUCCCCAAGCAGCGAGAUGGUCACCCUGGAGGAGUUCCUGGAGGAGAGCAAUCGGGACUCCCCAUCCCCUGGCGCUCCCUGCUGCCGGGAUGACCUGCUCAGUGAUUACUUCAGAAAGGCCGGUGAUCUCCCGUCCGUUGGAGGCCAGCCAGGCCCACCGCCCAGGAAAGAAGGGGCCAAGGUGCCCACCAGCUUUGUGGCCCCCACCAUCAAGAUGCCCGUCUCCACCUCCGAGGGAAAGCCGCUGAAGCCUGGGCAGUAUGUAAAGCCGAACUUCAGAGCCGCUGAGGCCGAGGCUGCGCCCAGUGUCCCCCAGAGGCAGGCCCAGCCACCCCAGAGCCUGUCCCUGGGCAGAGCCCGGCAGGCCACGAUGCCCCCCGCUUCCCACACGCCUGCCGGCCGGAGUGCAUCCCUAAACCGGGCCUUCAGUCUGGCCUCCGCUGACCUUCUCCGGGCCAGCGGGCCAGAGGCCUGCAAACAGGAGCUGGCAGGUCCCGAGGCCUCAGGGGGCAGAGACCCAGGCAGCCACAACCUGCAGAGCUCCACCGCCCCCGGCUCCCACGGCCUGGCCCGCGAGCGGACCCCGCUUGUGGGAAAGACUGGCGGCUCCUGUCAGGGCCCCGGCCCCCGAAGCCGGCCACUGGACCUGAGGCGCUUCUCACUGGCUCCCCCAAAGGAGGAGAGGCCGGCCCCCCUGCAGCAAUCUGCCACGUCCCCAGCCAUCGCCACUGGAGGUGGUGGCGGCAGCAGCUCGCAGCUCCAGCACUUCUCACCCACUGCAGCCCAGGCAGCCAGGACUAAGCCCCAAGCCCCCCUGCACCCGGGGGAGGUGGCCACCAUCCCCCCCGUCCGAGGAGGGCUCAGCCCCUCGGAAGGGGAUGGGGUCCCGGGGCAGGGUCACAGCGAGGGCCUCCCUGCUAAGGGCCCGGGCAGGUCUCCGGACCUGGCUCCCCAGGGCAGCCGGGCCCCUGAGGACUUCGGGCGUGGGAGCAGCUCCAAGAGCACGCCGGUGUCCCCCGAGCCGGGAGGGGACCAGCAGACGGUGUGGUACGAGUACGGCUGCGUGUGA